AAAAAUAGGCAUCGCACAGAGUGUGCGCUAAGAGUCUGCUUGAGACGCUUAAAUUCAUCAAUGCAUGUGCAAACAUAAUUAUUGUACCUUUUAAAAACAUUCCUGUGUUUUUUUAAAUAAUCAUUUUCAAUUGAUUACUUCACCUCCAGUUUCUUGUAUCUGUCAAUGUACUCUGUCUCAAUUUUCACUCUUUUUCACGAAGAAUGAGCAUUUUAAAUCAAUAUUUUACUCUAACAGACUGCCAGUGCACAUACCUGACUGAGACGCUGGGCGUAUGACUCGGCGUCUUUUCCAAUGCGCACUGAAAAAACUAAAAACAUCCCUCCAGAAAAUCGACGUUCCUUUCAUGUUACACUCCAAAUAUGUUCAUGAAAAUUCCAUAUAAGGACAUGUUGACCUUUCUGAAUAUGACCCUGGGUUCUACUUCCUUGGAAACCAAGUUUGAGUCGAGUUAUGGCCGAUUUCACCGCGUAGCGUAGAUCCGUCAUAUCUCCACAAUCGAAACGUAUUUUGGAAGUUAGAAUAUAGCUUCUUGACGGUUGGAACCUAUAUUUUUCAGUCAUGUAAAAGUUUUUUGCUGAACCUGAGUGUAACACCCGCGAAAAUGACUUUGAACAGUGCAAAUUAAUUUUUCAUCCAAACACUGCUCGAUACGCGGUACGACGUUCUCAGCUGUCACGAUGGCUUCUGCCGCGGCAUACGAACGAAUACUCCACCACACUGGAUGGACCGCCGAAGAAAUUCACUCUCUUGUACACGAAAGGACAUGUCCUGAUCACUGGUGGAAAGACCCAAGGCCAACAUAUGGACUCAUUGAAAUCAUUCGAAAAACCGUUGAUGACAGUGACAGAUUGAGCUAUCGGAAGGACUUUAUUCCCAUUUUGAAGAACAUGGGUAUCAAAGAACCUAAAUGCACAUUACCUGGAAUCCUGUAUAAAGUAAAACGCACUGCUCUGAAAGCAAUCACUGCAAAUAAUUUAGCAUCCCUUUGUGAAGAAUUUACAGAAUUUUUGGGGCCUAAGGAUGUUAUUGGUUCAUCAUGUCAACAGUUGGGAAUUAUGCCCAUUUGGCUAACAGAAGGAUGCAGUGCUUUACAUGGAGAGAUCACAAAUGGGAUCAUUGCGGAGCUAUUUCACUAUCGCAGACAAAAUUCCAUUCCUUGGAAGACUGUUCUUGAUAAGUGGUGGUGUGGGUUGUUUCCAGAGAAAGCUGAUGAAGUACACGUGCCAUCAAUGGGAACUGUCCAAAGCAGCUGGAAAAGCGUAGCUGAAAAGAAAAAAACUUUAAGUAGGGAUUCAAGCAGAGAAUUGCUGGAGGAAUUUUUAAGAACUCCCUACAGCUAUCCAACCAAAAAACCCACCAAAGAAGAGCAACUGGAAGAUGACCCUACCAAUGAAAAUGAGCCUCCCCUUGUGACUCACAGCAACAGUGGGGAUGACACUUUGAACGCAUGUCAUGAAGUUUCGUCUCCUUACAUGUUAAGAAAGCAUGGGGAUACACUUGCUGUUCUUCAUGAACUUUUGGAGACUGAAAAAAGGGAGAAAAAAGGGAGAAAAAAGAAAAAAAGGCAGUUGCUUGAAGUGACAAGUGAAAGAAACAAAGCAGAACAAUUGAAUGAAGAGAAUGCAGCAAAAGUCAAUAAGGCAGAAGGAGUUGUAAUGGAAAUGAUGAAGAGCCACCAAAAGGAAUGUUCCAAAUACCAGAUCAAGUUGAAGAAGGCUGACGAACUGUGUAAGCAGUUAGAGAAAGAAAUUUGUUCGCUUUCCAGAAGCAAUGUUGUUCGUCGCUUAGCAACUAAAGAGAAGCAACUUGACAGAGAAAAGGGACAUGUGUCUGAGCUGCAAGAUGAGAUCAUAAAGCUUAAUAAUGAAGUUGAUGAGCUUAUGAGGCUGAAAAAGAACAGAACAGAACAAGUGAGGUACAACACAAAGAAGCGAACGGAGAUUGAGAACAAAAUGGAUGCAGAGAAUGUACAAUUGAAGGAACAGCUGAGGGAAAUUGAGAGGCAAAAUGAUACACUGCGAAGUCAGUUAGACGAAAUAAUGGGUGACAAAGAGAUAUCGUGUUACGAAAACGGAGCGUUUUCAUCUGACAUCAGAACUGUGUGUUAUGAAUUAUUGGCGAAGGGAAUCAGUCCACGACACAUAUCUGACAUCAUACGUCUGGUUCUGAAGAGGCUUACAGGCCUAAAUUGUGGAAGACUUCCAAAAGCAUCAUGCAUCCGUUAUAUGACAUAUGAACAAGCCCUUCUUGCUAAACAUGUAGCAAAGGAUGCUGUAGAGAAGAGUUCAUGUCCUGUUACUCUGCAAACAGAUGGCACAACUAAAAAACAUCAGUCGUAUGUCACAAUGUUAACAGCCACAGAAUACGGUACUUAA